AUGAAGCGCUUGACCAAGGAGUACGCGAUCCUCAAGAAGAGCCCGCUGCCUAACGUGCUGGCCCGGCCCACUCCUGACAACCUCUUUCUCUGGCACUUCGUCAUGUUCGGCAUGAACCAUCCCUUCACCGGCGGCUUCUACCACGGCGUGGUCAUCGUCCCGGAGGAGUACCCUUUCAAGCCCCCGAACAUACAGUACAAAACCCCGAACGGUCGGUUCAAGACCAACUACAAUGUCUGCAUGAGUUUCACCACGCACCACCCCGAGUCUUGGAACCAGAACUGGAACAUCGGGAUGAUGCUGACCGGCCUCAUCAGCUUCAUGUUCGACAAGGAGUUCGCGGACGGGGAGAUGAAGACUUCUGACGCGGAAAAACUAAAGCUGGCCAAGGCCUCUGUCGAGUUCAACCAGAAGGACAAGGAGUUCCUUCAACUCUUUUACGAGGAUCUUGACGCCAUCAGCUUUCCUAAGCCUGCGGUAAUGCCGGCCAGGCUCGACGAAAAGUCGGCCGAGCAGCUUGCUGCAGAGCAGCGGGAGGUCGACCGCCAGCGCAAAGAAAAGCAGCGGGUGGAUGACUAG